GGUAGAGAAGAUUCUCGGUCUCUCCAACACCUGUCAGAUUUUGACCUCUGUAAGAAGCAGUGAAUCCAGGCUCUACCAUGGUGAAGUUCCUGCUGCUUGCUCUUGCCUUAGGUGUGUCCUGUGCACAGCAUCAGAAUCUUGAAGUCAGUCCCUCAGAGGUUGACGGGAAGUGGCACAGCCUUUACAUAGCAGCAGAUAAUAAGAGUAAGGUAAGCGAAGGUGGACCUUUGAGAGUUUACGUCAAGCACCUGGAAUGCAGUGAUGAAUGCCAGACAUUCACAAUCAAAUUUUAUACCAAGGUGGAAAACGUGUGCCAGGAACACAGAGUUGUGGGAAGAAAAGGCAAAGAUGGGAAGUAUAUUACAGACUUCUCUGGUCAGAAUUAUUUCCACGUUGUAGAGAAGGCAGAUGACACCAUGACCUUUCACAACGUUAAUGUCGACGAUAGUGGAAAGACAAAUGUUAUUUUAGUUGUUGGGAAAGGUGAGAGUUCGAGCAUAGAACAGAAGCAGAGGUUUGAGAAGACAGCCGAGAAAUACGAUAUUCCAAAGGAGAAUAUUGAGCACUUGGUGACCACAGACACUUGUAAUCAAUAAAGACACCAUAUGGCUUUACCGAUGACAGCAAGAUCAUGAAUAUUCCCCACAUCAACUUUUGCGUGAAAUCAGAAUCAUGACAAUGAAGAUAAUUCACCAUUUUUCUUUUUUCCUUCUAAUCUUACAAAUGAAGUCAGAAUAUCUGCUUCAUGGAUUUUCUUCCUAUCCUCCUACUAUAUUACUGACUAUUCUGUUGGUUAAAUAAAUUAAUUUCUCAUGCA